GCCCCUCCCUCUCUACCCCCAUCCCCCUGCUGGCGUCUGGGCCUCGUCCCCUUCUCUCUGUCUCCCUUUCCUCCCCUAUCACUUCCCCCGACACCGACACCCCAUAACUCCCUCGGUCUCCUCAGUCCCAGCCUCGCUCUCCAACCGGCGCCACCCGAGGGUUUGUCUGAAGGCCGCCCCCCAACUGUCCCGCCCCCUGAGGGCUACUGAGGACCAUGACUAAGACAGAUCCUGCCCCAAUGGCCCCUCCGCCCCGAGGGGAGGAGGAAGAGGAAGAGGAAGAGGAUGAGCCCGUCCCUGAAGCCCCCAGCCCCACCCAGGAGCGCCGGCAGAAGCCUGUUGUGCACCCCUCAGCACCUGCUCCCCUCCCCAAGGACUACGCCUUCACCUUCUUCGAUCCCAACGACCCAGCGUGCCAGGAGAUUCUGUUUGACCCACAGACCACCAUCCCAGAGCUGUUUGCCAUCGUCCGCCAAUGGGUACCCCAAGUCCAACACAAGAUAGACGUCAUUGGCAAUGAGAUUCUGCGUCGUGGCUGCCAUGUGAACGAUCGGGAUGGGCUCACCGACAUGACACUACUCCAUUAUGCGUGCAAGGCUGGGGCCCACGGAGUCGGGGACCCCGCGGCGGCCGUGCGCCUCUCACAGCAGCUGCUAGCGCUGGGCGCGGACGUGACCCUGCGCAGCCGCUGGACCAACAUGAACGCGCUUCACUACGCUGCCUAUUUCGAUGUGCCAGAUCUCGUGCGAGUGCUGCUGAAGGGAGCAAGGCCUCGGGUGGUGAACUCCACGUGCAGUGACUUCAACCACGGCUCAGCCUUGCACAUCGCUGCCUCCAACCUGUGCCUGGGUGCAGCCAAGUGUUUACUGGAACAUGGUGCCAACCCAGCACUGAGGAAUCGAAAGGGACAGGUGCCAGCGGAAGUGGUCCCAGACCCUAUGGACAUGUCCCUUGACAAGGCAGAGGCGGCACUGGUGGCCAAGGAGCUGCGAACACUGCUGGAAGAGGCUGUGCCACUAUCUUGCACCCUUCCCAAGGUCACACUACCCAACUAUGACAACGUUCCAGGCAACCUCAUGCUCAGUGCACUGGGCCUGCGCCUGGGAGACCGCGUGCUGCUGGAUGGUCAGAAGACGGGCACACUGCGGUUCUGUGGGACCACGGAGUUUGCCAGCGGCCAGUGGGUAGGCGUGGAGCUGGAUGAACCUGAGGGCAAGAACGAUGGCAGUGUUGGGGGUGUCCGCUACUUCAUCUGCCCUCCCAAGCAGGGUCUCUUUGCUUCUGUGUCCAAGAUCUCCAAGGCAGUGGAUGCAGCCCCCUCAUCUGUCACCUCCACACCCCGGACUCCCCGGAUGGACUUCUCCCGUGUCACUGGCAAAGGCCGAAGAGAACACAAAGGAAAGAAGAAAUCCCCCUCUUCCCCAUCUUUGGGCAGCCUGCAGCAGCGUGAGGGGGCCAAGGCUGAAGUUGGAGACCAAGUCCUUGUCGCAGGCCAGAAGCAGGGGAUUGUGCGGUUCUACGGGAAGACCGACUUUGCUCCAGGUUACUGGUAUGGCAUCGAGCUGGACCAGCCCACAGGCAAGCAUGAUGGCUCUGUCUUUGGCGUCCGGUACUUCACCUGUGCCCCACGGCAUGGGGUCUUUGCACCAGCAUCCCGCAUCCAGAGGAUUGGUGGAUCUACUGAGUCCCCUGGAGAUAGUGUUGGAGCCAAAAAAGUGCAUCAAGUGACAAUGACACAACCCAAACGCACCUUCACCACAGUCCGGACCCCGAAGGACAUUGCAUCAGAGAACUCUAUCUCCAGGUUACUCUUCUGCUGCUGGUUCCCCUGGAUGCUGAGGGCAGAGAUGCAGUCUUAGAGGCCCUGGCUACCCAGCAAAUGAGACAGAGUCCCCUCUAGCAUCUCCUGACACAAGGAGCCCCCAGCCACCCUGAGAUAGAGAUUCCCAGUAACACCUCCAGAAUAGAGACCCCUGUUAGCCAGCCCUCAAUUACUGAGGUCCCAUUAUUAACAUAUCCCCCAUGACAACCCUCCCAGAUACAGACCCCAUGUCACCCUGAAAGAGAUUUCCCUGAGUAGCACCUUCAGGCUAGUCCCUGUCCCCUACUUCUCAGAACAGAUCCCCCAAUAAACAGAUUUCCACCUCACCCCAAGUGAUGGUGACCCUCUCCAUAAUGCUCCACAACAAAACAUUCCUGAGUUACCCACCAGUGGCUCAGAGUCCCAUGAAUGAAGACCCCUCUCUCUCCUUUCUCCUUAAACAUAGGUCACACCUCCAGAGUAGCCGACCAUGUCACUAUUCCCAUUUAACAUCAGUCUCCUCAAGAUGUUGUGACCUCAGGUCAGCUUAAAGCCCUUACACGUUAAUCUGAGAUGCCCUCCAUUCACAGAGCCCCUUGUUCUUACCCCUAAAGAGACCCACUUAACCAGCACACCGUCACUUCCAAUUUACAGACACCAAAAUAGUCCUGGAAGUGUGAAUUACAGGACUCCAAGUCUUCCUGCCCUCUGUACCCUCAAGAAACCCCCAGUGCCUUGUAUGAAGCCCACUCCACAUGGCCCACAGUCUCUGUGCUGGCCAAGGCUCCCAGAAAAUUCUCUAUUUUUUAAAAAAGUAAUGACUUCCCCUUUGGGGGGAAUCCCAAAAUUUGGAGACCCCAUUCUGGAACUCUGGGGAGGCCAAAUUCCAGAGUAUGUAUAUCCCCAACUUCCCAAGCCCUACAGUCCCUAGAAGACCCCCGAGUUUCUAAAUCCCAGGACCCCAAAAUCAUAUCUAAAAUCCCAGGAACCCCAAAUCCCAGAACCCCCAAAUCCCCACAGAAUCCCACAUUUUAAAAUCUAAUUCCAAACCCUCAGGAAACCCCAAUCAUGAGGUCCUUAAGACUGGGAUGGAGGCGUCUGCUGUCAGGACGUGCAUUCCAGGCUCCCAGGACACCUCAGAACCUAUUUACAGGCACCAGGAGACCCCAAAUAGGAAGUCCCAUCGUUGGGACAAAAAUAGAGGACUUCAAUGCCCUCAUUCCAUGGUUCUACAGAUCUACAAAACCCCAAACUCUUAAGAGGCCCAGUCCCAAGGGAACCCCCAAAUCCCAAAGCUUCCAUCUCUAAUAUGUGGAGGGCCACAGGACCCCAAAUCUUGGAGUCCCAAUUUCAAUCUACCUUCCGGUCACAGGUCCAAGACACUAAAUCAGAGUCAUUGGCCCCAAAGGACCUCACAGCACUUGGGCCAGACCAACAGCCUGAGGGAGAACCUGAUGGCCCCAUGGGUCCAGAGCGGACCUGGGGUUCUGACCACCAAGGACAGCUCACGACUGCCCCUUCACUGCAUGUCCCCAAGCUCAGCAUGACCCCUGUCCUCUUCAAUAAAGACGUUUCUAUGGC